AUGGACGUGACCUUCUCUAUUCUAACGGGCUUAGGCCUGCGUAUGUUCCUAUCCACUGCAGCCAAUGAAGAACCGUCGAAUGCGCUCACGACAGCGCUCCUCGGCCUAUGGGAGGGUCUGGUCGUUCACCAACUUUCAGGACGCUCAUCAUCACCACCUCUCGAUCAUGUCCUCGCAUAUGGACUCCGCCUCGCAGUCGAUCUUCUAAUUUUCAAGAAUUUACGAAGGAUGGUUGUAGUUUUGCUAUGGGCUGCAUUGGGUGGUUUGGUUUCCGAAGCCAUCGUCCCCCAUGCUAGUCUACGUUCAUCCCUGAAGAAAGCAAAAGAGCGCGAAAGGGACAGAAAACAUAGACGUGCCCGGUCAACUCCAGCAACCAUCCCUAUCAUCCCAACGCCUCUUCCUCCCCGAGUUCGGGCGUACCGACAGCCCGAAGCCACUGCUCGAGGGCCCUCACCCUCGCCACUCCUACUCCCACCCGAUGCCCCAACCCAAGGAUCUACGUCUCCUUUCCCUUUUGAACGGCCUGCGACACCUCCUAGUUUCUUCCUUCAGGAAACCUCAGAAACCUCGUUAGUAUCCCCAAAGCCAGCCCAUGUCCCAAGCCUCCCACCAAUCGAAUCGUCCCCACGAGACGCCCUCCCUGUUCGACCUCCUUCGGGCCUUGCGUCCAUAUUCGACCGCUCGCCUGACUCAGGCUCACCUCUUCCUGUUCCCAUACCUCUGCCCACCCCCCCGGAAAGCGCUCAAAGUGCUGUUCCUUCAGAUGGAUUAGUCGAUGGUGCUGUUAAUGAGGUAUCGAAUGAUACCCAAAAAUCGCGCUUCGACAAUCAGCUGUACACAAUACCAGAAAUAUCAUCGCCCGAAGACAGCAGCACGCCACAGGGAAGUCGAGAACAUCAGGAAGAUGAAGGCGGAGAAAUCUUGGCUCAAUCACCACUUCCCCACUUCCUGUCCACAACUAGUGCGCCGUUGCCCGUACCCAAUGUCGCGAUACGAAGUCGGUCGUCCAGCAGCGUAUCCAGGUGGCUUUCAUCCCAGGCCGCCAACCCAAACGCGGAUGCCAUUUUCACAACUCCGUUCUCUCCAUCAACGUCUCCUCUACCUGUUCGCAUGCAUAACGGCGACCACCUUCAGGAAAAAUCCGAUGAAGUCCUCGACAACGACAAUGGUCAUGACAGUCCGAUAGACAACGGAGAGCAAAAUGGCCCGAACAGCCCAUUGGGCAAAGAAACAGACGGCCAUGCUAAUAUCAACGACAGCGACAGCGACGAACUACGCACACCCGGUGUCCGAGAUGCCUUACUGAUGGAGACAGAUAACGGACAUGAUUCCGACCCUUUACUCACCCCGAGGCAUCUCCGCACAGUGGCAGACCCAGCAGAUGAUAUGCUCUCACCACUAGGUCUCGAUGUAAAAUCCGGUUUAGACGAGAAUUCCGAUUUCAAUGCAAACUCGGGCGACUCUCGACCAGAUUCUCGAUCAACUCCUGAGCCUACGGCGGAUGUAAAUAACCUUCCAAUUCCUGGUUCUUUGUCGCAAAUCGUCUUACUUCAACCCCCACUACCACCGUCCGGCCCGUUAUUCCGGGUCCCAACCCCUCCACUCGAGUCACCACCUGCGCCUUCUCCCUCCACUAUUCAUUCUGGACUGAGCGACAUAUCUACACUCUCUACCCGCAUUCCAAGCAAACUCUACAGCCGUGCGGAUGAACUACGGCAGAAAGCAAGGGAUGACGAGAAGACAAGAGCUCGAUUAGAGGAGCAACGGAAAGUGGCGGAGAUGGAGGGAAGAACGAUGGAUGCCCUUUUGCUGAAGGUUAAGGUUCGUGAUAUGGAUAUUGAGUCACAAAGGCUGCACGAGAAGGCUGCGAGGAGGUACUUUGCCUCUCGCAACACUCUUGAAAUCUCCAACAAGAUAGAUGUUCAUGGACUACGUCCUCGUGAGGCGUUUGAUAGGAUCGAACGGGCCAUCAUUCAAGCCAGCAAGGAAGGGAAAUCUGUCGUUCGUGUCAUUGUUGGGAAAGGGCUCCACUCUGCGAACAAACAGCCUACCUUGAAGCCAGCAGUUCUACGGGAACUUCAGAGACAAAAGAUCCCUUGUGAGAUCGAUCCUCGGAAUCCAGGAGUGUUGAACAUAACGUUGCCUCCUACCUCUUCCACUUCAUGA